GGACUGUCUACCAGAGAGGGUGAUGAGGGGGGAGAAUCUCUUCCACCCUCAGAACCUCCCCCUGGUCUCUGAUUGGCUGAGGUAGCACUGUGUGAGGCCUGUGAUAGGCUGAGCCAGAGCUGUGUGGGGCCAGUGGGAGGGAGAGUGUUCUGCGAGUCUGCUAGGGGACCUGACAGCAUACAGGGAGAAACUAUCCCACUAGCUGAUAUACUCUAGCUGCUCCACACACACUGCUAGACACAGACAGAGAGAGAGGUGGAGGUAGAGACAGAGGAAGAGACAGCUGUGGAGUGAGAUAGAGAGAACUGCAGGGAGAGAGCAAGAGAGUUAGAGUUUGACAGAGAGUUAGACAGAGGGAAAGGAGGCACACACAGCACUCACCCUCCACUGACCCCUCGUCUUACCCUCGACUCACCCUUGUCUCCCCACUUACAACCACCUGAGGCAGAGACACACAGCUCUACCAGCGCAGAGAUGAGAUGACUGGACACACACUAACACACACAUUUUCUCUCUGUUGAAAGAAGACCAGAAUAUACACUUUCUUUUUGUUUUCUGUCUCAGCUUCUGCUCUCGUUCUUGGACAGGAAAAAAAGGAUUACAGUUUGUUUCUUCAGCAAAAAGAGUUUGCAUUUAUUCUCCAAAAGCCCUGUGUCACGUUGGACAAUUUGGAUACGUUCCUCUUUUCUUUCUCCCUCCAAGAGCUCAGAGCAACAUGGCACAGGGACUAAAAAACCACAGCAACAGCAGGCAGCAGCAGGCACAACUACUCACUAACCCCUUCUCCACCAUGGCACUGUCCCUCUCCAUGUCCUUCUUCCUCCUCCUCCUCCUCCUCACCUCCCCUGCCUCGACCGCCGACGAAUACGACUACUACAGCUGGCAAUCGGACAACUUCCACAACGGCCGUUUCUACACCAAGCAGCCGCAGUGUGUGGACAUCCCCGCCGAUUUACGCCUCUGCCACAACGUGGGCUACAAGAAGAUGCGCCUCCCCAACCUACUGGACCACGAGACCAUGCCGGAGGUCAAACAGCAGGCGGGUAGCUGGGUGCCGCUCCUCGCCAAGCGGUGCCACGCGGAUACGCAGGUGUUCCUGUGUUCCCUUUUCGCCCCUGUGUGUCUGGACAGGCCCAUCUACCCGUGUCGCUCUCUGUGUGAGGCUGUGAGGGAUAGCUGUGCCCCCGUUAUGGAGACCUAUGGGUUCCCCUGGCCGGAGAUGUUGACCUGUGAUAAGUUUCCUAUUGAUAAUGAUCUGUGUAUCCCCAUGCAGUUUGCUGGGAACCAGGCCACCCCGGCUCCAGGUAAGAUCACACACACACUUAUUCACAACCCUAUUUUUUCUUGCAUGUUUAGAGACUGUAUAC